AUGCCUGUACGUAGGAGAGAAAAGAGUUCAUUUGGAUAUGACCCUGCUCUUGAUUAUGAAAUGCAGGUUUACGGUGAAGGUGGAGAUUCUAGUUUAAAGGAGAAUAGGGAAAAAGAAGUAACCGACGUCAAGGGACGGUCAAUGAAAUCUGAGAAGGAUAAGAGGUCAAAGGUUCCUUUGGAUUCCUCAGAUAAGGAAAGAACUGGACGACCUAUAAGGAAGGGGAAAUUACCAAAGAAAAGUACUUUAGAGGAUGCACGUGCACGUGCGGAGAGGUUAAGAUUCUACAAAGCUGAUCUCCAGAAAAUUAAGAAAGAGAAUGUACAUCUAGCCUCUUGUUUGUUUGAUACUCUUAAGCGCACAUGA